UACUGUGAGUGUGACGCUGACACACACACACACAAGCCGGAGCCGAGAAGAGGGAAUUGCGUUUUGUUUCUUUUUCUUUAAUUUGUGUCCUUUUAUUCUUUGGUGUUUUGUUGUUGUUUAGCGGUAUUCCAGUGACGGAUCCGACUGCCUCGUUCUUCAGCGCUUUGCUAUCUAUCAUUAGCGUUCAUGCUGCUCUCCCCUCACGCGGCGCUAUUUUGACAGUCGGGGUCGCAGUGAACCAACUCAAGCUAGCAGCACCAUUAUAUUAGCAUUGACACAACUUGAAGGAUUCUCCACACGGACUCAAGACAUACGACCAGCAAAACUGGCUCCUGACUGUAGGACAGACCAUGCUGCUGCACUAAGCCGGAGGGAGAGAGGAGAGAAGAGAAAGAGGCCCCAGAGGACCGCUGAGGUGGUGGCUGGCCUGUUGGUGUGCCCCUCCCCCUUGUCUGGCUGGCUAACUGCUGCCUCUUCAGUUCACCUGAUCGCUCACCACCCCAAAAUCUAAGGCUUGCUAUGGACUGCACUUCGCCCCCUGCUGCAGCCCAACCCAGUACACUACCUUAGUGGGUUCCCCUCGACUUUCUGUGUGUGGUUCCUAGCCAGACUCACAGUACAAAGUCCAGCACAGAUCUGGUACCACCUACAGCCACUCCUGGGUCCUCCACCCAACCCCCUCCCCACUCCACCCUCUCCCCCUCCCUUAAGAAGAUGUCAGUGAGCCUGACAACAGACAUCCAGCAGGAGGGAGAGAGUGGGCCACUUAUCGAGCCCUGCAGUCGAGGCAAGACCUCCCCUCAACCACAGGGCACAAAGGAAGGGACAGGAGACGGCCUGGAGCCUGAUGAUAGCUCCCCACAGGAUGCACAGAAGCGGGCUCCUAACCACAGCCAUGGCAGGAAAAGGGCCAAGUCUAAUGCCAAACUGAAGCUCGUACGGAGUCUGGCAGUGUGCGAGGAGUCCUCUGGUCCCUUCUCCAAUGAUGGACCUCCAGAAUCGGAUAUCAUCCAGCUUCACAUCAGCUGUCCGUCAGACAAAGAGGAGGAAAAGUCUUCAAAAGACGAGUAUGAAAAUGAAGAGAAGGAAAAGAAGGAUAAGACUCCCAGAAAGAUGUUGUCACGUGAUUCCAGUCAGGAAUACACUGACUCCACGGGCAUUGAUGUUCACGAGUUUCUGGUCAACACACUGAAAAACAAUCCCAGGGAUCGAAUGAUGCUGCUCAAACUAGAACAAGAUAUCCUGGAGUUCAUUAAUGACGACAAUAACCAGUAUAAGAAGUUUCCUCAGAUGACUUCUUAUCACCGUAUGCUGCUGCAUCGCGUGGCUGCCUACUUUGGCAUGGACCACAAUGUGGAUCAGACGGGCAAAGCUGUCAUCAUCAACAAGACAGGCAACACACGCAUCCCAGAGCAAAGGUUCUCUGAACACAUCAAGGAUGAACGUAAUAUGGACUUCCAGAAGAAAUUCAUCCUUAAGAGAGAUGAUGCUAGCAUGGACAAAGAUGAUAAUCAGAUCCGUGUGCCGCUGCAGGACGGGCGGCGUAGCAAGUCUAUUGAAGAGCGAGAGGAGGAAUAUCAGCGGGUACGAGACCGGAUCUUUGCCCGAGAAGUGUCCUUUUUUUUGCAGUCCUCUCAAAAUGGAUACAUCAAUGACAACAGAGGGAACCGUGAGAGCUCCAGCCGGGCAUCCAGCAGUCGUCAAAGCAGCACAGACAGUGACAUGAAGUGCCUGGAGCCACGGCCCUGGAGCAGCACCGACUCAGAUAGCUCCAACCGCACCCUCCGGCCACCCGUCACGAAGGCCAGCAGCUUCUCUGGCAUCUCCAUCCUUACCAGGGGGGAUAGCCUUGGCAGCAACAAAGGAUCACAGGGAAGCUGCAAAGGCUCUCGUUCUGGCCUGCCCCUAGUCAGUCCUGAUGUGUGUCCCCCACCCGCAGCCUCCCAGUCCAGCCGUAGCCUGCUUCCCUGCCCAUCUCAACAGCCACAGCAGCCACAGCCACCGCCCCAGGCUCCGCCUCAAACUGCUCUGCUGCCCACCCCACAGCAACACCCGAUGGGCAACCACAUGAUUGCUCAGCCGGUGGCGUCUCUGCAGCCCUCUCAGCCUGUCUCCUACUCCAGCCCUUCCUGCCCCCAGGUUCUCCUGCCAGUUUCUCCUCCCCAGCAGUACACAAUGGGAGAAGAGCUGGCACCCCAAUUCACCCAGAUGACACUGAGUCGGCAGGGUUCCAGUGAGAACCCUGAGCCUCCCCCGAUGUAUCAGGCUCCCACGGUGCUGUCGCAGCAUCCCCCGCCUCAGACUGGCUACAUCAUGGCUACUACGGGUCAGCCUAUGCCACCUCCAUCUGGCUACCAGCCUGCCACUGGACACCCCCAUCCUCCACCUCCACCGCCUCCUCCAUCUCAGCCGGUCAUGCAGGCCCCACCACCUCCACAAGGGUACAUGCAGCCCCCUCCGCCUCAACAGAUACAGGUGUCAUACUACCCUCCUGGUCAGUAUCCCAGCUCAGGCCAGCAGUACCGUGUGCCCCAGCCUAUGUCCCACCAGGUGUCUUAUCCUGCCCAGCGCACACAACCCAUGCCUCAGCCCACACAACAGUCAGGUCUCCAGACCAUGAUGCCCAGCCAGCAGCCGAGCUACCAGGGCAUGAUGGGUGUGCAGCAACCCCAAAACCCUGGUCUGCUUAAUUCCCAGAGGGCAGGCAUAGGAGGACAAAUGCAAAGCAUAAUGGUCCAGUACCCACAGAUGCCAUCAUAUCAGGUACCAGUGGGCAAUGAAAAUCAACAGGUGGUGCAGCAGCAGUACCAGCAGCAGGUGAUGGUACCAGUCAGCCAGUCUGUCCAGGGGCCCAUGCCUGUCUACUACAGUGUUAUCACACCCACACAGCAGAAUAGCACAAGCCCGUCAGUAGGUUACCUGCAGCCUCCCAGCUCUGAGCAGUAUCAGAUUACACAGUCGCCGUCCCCCUGCAACCCUCAACAGUUGCAGCAGCAAUAUUCAGGAGUACCUCCUCCUGGGCCUGGGGUGAUGGUCAUGCAGCUCAGCGUCCCCAAUGGACCGCAGCCUUCCCAGAAUCCUCCCCUGGUCCAGUGGAACCCAUGCAAGUACUACAGCAUAGAGCAAAGGCCCAGCAAGCCAGGAGAGCUCUACAAACCUGACAACACUCCACAGGCCAGUACCCAGCUGACGAGUCCCCUGGCCUCCCCCACUCAGUCUCCCACCCCAUCUCCCUCCGGCAGCGUUAGCAGCGUCUGUCCAGGCCUGGGACCAUUACCCCUCAUUUCCCAGUUUCCCCGGCCAGGAGGAUCAGCUCAAGGUGACGGUCGCUACUCUUUGUUGGGGCAGCCCCUCCAGUACAGCCUGUGUCCUCCCCCCCUCAUGCAUGGCCAGUCCUCCUACAGCUCCCAUCAGGCCCAAGGAGUAAUGAAACAUGGGGCACGAGGGAAAAAGCAAACUCUAAAGUCAGCAUCCACAGAUCUUGGCACCACUGAUGUAGUGGUGAGUCGAGUACUUGAGGUAACAGACCUGCCAGAGGGGAUUUCACGGCCAGAGGCUGAAAAGCUCUUCAACCAGCUGUCGCUGUGUGGUGCCAAGAUCCAGUGGCUGAAGGAGCCCCAGGGAGGCCGAGGAGGACCAGGAGGCUGUGGCCCCUGUCCUGGUGCAGGGCCUUCUGGGCCAGGAGCUGCUGCUGGGCCUGGGGCCUGCAUGGGAGCCGGAGGAGUGAAGGGCGAUGGCAGUGACCCAGCUCACCUCUACACAGUAGUGGCAGUGUUUCCCAGCACCAUGGCUGCCCAGAGUGCUUCCUUCAAACUUAACAACAGCGGGGCCAGCCUCUUCAAACUGAGGGCUGCCAAAAAGAACUAUGACCUGCGUGUGCUGGAGAGAGCCAGUUCUCAGUGAAAGGAAAAGAGAGGGGAGGAAAGAAAGAAAGUAAAAGAGACAGACAGACAGAGAGACUUGGUGGAAUGGUGGAAAAGGAAGGAGGACUGAGGGGGACUGCUCUUAGUGUACAACUUAAAAACAAAACAAAAAAAACUUGAUGAGAUAAAUGAUGUGUCAAAUGUAUAAAAGGGAAGAAGGUGUGAAUCAUGAGGUGGCUGGUGUUUGGUUGCAAAUAUGAUUUUGUUGUUUGUUUUUAUUCAUUGUUUUUGUUUUGUAUUUAUAUAGCAGAAGAGCACACAAGACACGUGAGCAUGUGUUUCACUGUUGCCGUGGAAUGUGUGCUGCCAUUAUACAAGAACA